AUGGAUAUUGAAAAAUGUUAUGAAAAUUCGUGUAAAGAUAGAGAAAAAAUAAAAUUUUUCGAAAAUAAGAAUACAAAAAAAACUAUAUAUCCACCAGAUAGAGCAGAAAUAGGUAGAGCAUCUUGGCUAAUUUUACAUACCAUAUCAGCAAAUUACCCUGAUAAACCAACAGAAGAAGAAAAAUUAAAACAUACGAAGUUUUUUUAUGCCUUCUCAAAUUUAUAUCCAUGUCAUAUUUGUAAGCUUGAUCUUUUACACCUUUUAAAAAAAUACCAACUAAAUUGUGAAAAUAAAGUUAGUUACUCAACAUUUAUUUUUAAUUUACAUAAUAUGAUAAAUGAAGAAAUAGGAAAGGAUAUAUAUCCAUGCGAUAAUAUUCAAAAUAUAAUCGAUAAGUAUAAAACAAAAAAUUAA